ACGGAGAUGAUAAGAAAUGAAGGUUAUCCCGCAGAAACUCACGUUGUAACGACGGAAGAUGGCUAUCUUUUGACGGUACAUCGUAUCCCAGGUGGUAACAGCUCUCUACCAGUAUUACUAAUACAUGGUCUUUUAAGUAGUUCCGCCGAUUUCGUUCUUGGCAAAGGCAAAGCACUCGGUUUCCUAUUAGCGGAUGAAGGAUACGAUGUUUGGUUGGGCAAUAUGCGUGGUAAUCUCUAUUCAAGAACACAUAUUUCUCUAUCUCCGUCGAACUUGACAUUUUGGGAUUUUAGCUAUAACGAAAUGGGUACGUAUGAUUUACCCGCGAUUAUUACAUAUAUUACGAAUAUGAGAUCGCAACCAUUGCACGCGUACAUUGGUCAUUCGAUGGGCACAACCAGUUUUUAUAUAAUGGGAUCAAAGCGUCCGGAAAUCGUUGAAAAAAUGCGAUUGAUGAUCAGCUUCUCGCCGACUACCUUUAUGGACCAUAUGAAAAGCCCGAUAAUAAUUCUCGUUCCCUUAUUUAAAAAGAUUAAGAUAAUAAUGGAUGUUCUCUUUCAUGGCGAAUUAAUGGAUAGAAGUUUGUUUCAAUAUUUUGCAGAAUUCUGCAAUCGGAAUUAUUCCAAUCAAAGGUUUUGCCUCAACGUGGCAUUUACAAUAGGUGGUUUCAAUCACGAACAAUUCAAUUAUACUCUAUUACCUCUUAUCAUGAAUCACGUUCCCUCCGGCGCCUCGUAUAAAACAUGGCUACAUUACGUUCAAGGAAUAGAAUCAAGAAAGUUUCGCUCUUAUGACUACGGUCGCGAGAAAAAUCUGCUGAUGUACAACUCGGUGGAACCUCCGGAAUACGAUCUAUCGAAGAUCACGGUACCAAUCUUUAUGUUCUACGGCAACAAUGACUGGUUGGUCGACCCUAUUGAUGUGAGGAGAGCGUUCUAUUUACUACCCAGCGUAAAGGACAUAUAUGAAGUACCGUUGCCCAAUUUUAAUCACUUGGAUUUCGUAUGGGCCAAGGAUGCGCCAAAACUCUUGUACGAAAGAACUCUCAAGAUUAUCAGAGAGGGGAACAUUUAAUGUUAUGUCUACAAUAUAAUGCUACAUCGAUAUAAUGAAGAUAAUAAAUAAUUUUCUUAUGAAAAAAAUAAGUAAAUGCGAGAAGUGUGUGAAAUCGAGAUAUAUAUUGCGUGUUGCUUUUUUUCACGUAUGUAAUUACCAUAUAUAGUGAUCGAGAUCAAUUAUAAUAAUUACCAUAUAGUUCGCAUCAAGUCAGUUUAAGAGUAAUAAAUGUUAAUCUUAAUAGUGAUAAUUGUUUCUAUAAUUUUAAACACGCUCUUUUAUUUUUCAUUUAUUUUUGACAAUAAUAAUUAAUUAUUUUUUAAUUUAAAGAUCAAGUAUAUAUCUCGAAAUUUGUUACGUGCUUUUUUUUAAAUUUUAUAUUAUCUUGUAGAAAACCAUUUAAUUUUGU